AUGCGCAACACGAAUCGGACGUUAAAGAGGUUUGAUGACAUAUUGUGUCCCAAAGGUCGUCUUCCGAGAAGCGUGUCUCAAAUAAAGAACAAUGUAUUUGCACAACAGAAGCUCCUCGGUCGACCAGUUACUGCAUCAGGUACAGAUAUGGACCCGGAAAUGAAUAGAUCUGUAAUUUCGAGGUCAAGGACGUUAUUAAGGUCGAAGAGUGAUUUAGGAGGAGUACCAGAAUCUUCACAUUGUUCAUCGGCUGGAAUAACCCAAACGGGGCAAUCGAUGUUUAAUCCGUUGUCGCAUCGAACUUUUGACAAGAUUCAAAAUAUAUCCACAAAACUCAGUUACCUACAAGAAUCAAAAUUAGAGAUGAGAGCAAAAGAAACGAGAGCUUUACUGGCAAAAGAGAAUUUUGUGAGGAGACUGAAGCAAAUUCAAGACUCUGGUGAAGACACUGAAGAUUUGGUCGACGUUUGUGAAUUUGGUAGCGUCCCGGUCGCUUGGGACGAAGAAGUCACUGACAGUCAAUUAUGCAGCCUCGAAAGAAAACUGAAAGAGUUUUGUAGUGUUAUAUCGAAGGAUGAUCACAAACCAAAUUCAAUACAAAUACAGAAUUUUAAACGAUUUAAUAUACAGAAUUCUUCGGAUAUUCCUCAACCUGGUGGAACUGUCCUAGUGGAAUGCAGACCGUGUCUACAGACAUUGGAUAAUGUUCAACUAACCAAUCAUUCUCAUACUCAUCAUUAUAUCCUCAAUAAAUAGAAAAUGUUAACCAAAGGGACAUUUAUUAAAUCCGAUUAAAAUUAUAUU